AUCCAGCCCAGAAAGUGCGAGCUUAGCGCAGAGUGCCGCGGCAGCUCAGGAGGAGGGCGAGCGGGAAGAUGCUGAGGGAGGAAGAAGAAGAGCUGUAGAAGCGCCGCGCAUCAUCAGGAUAGUCGCUUUUUCUUCACUUCCUGUUUGGCAAUCGGGACGUCCGCGUGUGGCACUUGUAUGGCCUGCUGAGGGAGGAAGAGGAGGAAGAGGAGGCGGGGGGGCCAGGGCCCGGCAGGCGAGCGAGCGAGCGAGCAUGGCGGUGGCGUUGGAAGCCGUUUGGCUGAGAGUGAAAAACGUCUGCAAACAAAAUGGCCUCCUCAUCAUGUCCGUGCUGGCCGUGGUCAUCGGGUGCCUCCUGGGAUUCUUCCUCAGGACGCGCCGACUCUCCGAGCAGGAAGUGAAAUAUUUCCAGUUUCCUGGCGAGCUGCUGAUGAGGAUGCUGAAGAUGUUGAUUCUGCCUCUCGUCGUGUCCAGUUUGAUGUCGGGCCUGGCGGCGCUGGAUGCCAAGUGCUCUAGUCGUCUGGGCCUGAUCACCGUGUCCUACUAUCUGUGGACCACCUUUGUGGCCGUCGUCGUGGGCAUCUUCAUGGUGUCCAUCAUCCACCCGGGCGGCGCCGCCCAGAAGGAGGACUCGGAGGACAGCGCCAAGCCCAUCAUGAGCUCGGCGGACGCGCUGCUCGACCUCAUCCGAAACAUGUUCCCGGCCAACCUGGUCCAGGCUACCUUCCAACAGGCCACCGCCACGGUGCGUGUCGCUCUGUGCUUUGCGUCAGUAUCGGACCAGCAGCGAGUACACCCUACAGACCGAGGCCACGCCGGAGCCCGGCACGCCGCGACCGCUCAUCUACGGCAUCCGGGACGACAACGGGAGCGACGUCCGCAACUUCUCACUCGACCUGACUCCGCCUCCGAACGUGCUCGUAAGAACCAAGGAGGGAACCAGCGACGGCAUGAACGUCCUCGGCAUCGUCAUUUUUUCAGCCACCAUGGGUAUCAUGCUGGGCAGGAUGGGUCCAAACGGGAGCGCCCUGGUCAACUUCUGCCAGAGUUUGAACGAGGCUGUGCUCAAAAUUGUCGCCAUUGUUAUUUGGUACUUUCCGUUCGGGAUCGUGUUCCUGGUGGCGGGCAAGAUCCUGGAAAUGAGCGACCCGUCGGCCAUGGGCAAGAAGUUGGGCUUCUACGCCGUCACGGUUGUCUUCGGCCUGGUGCUCCACGGCCUCUUCAUCCUGCCCGCCAUGUACUUCUUCAUCACCAAGAAGAGUCCCAUCGUCUACAUCCGCGGAAUCCUCCAGGCGCUGCUCAUCGCCCUGGCCACCUCGUCCAGUGCCUCCUGGAGAACAACCACAUCGACCGGCGCAUCAUCCGCUUCGUGCUGCCCGUGGGCGCCACCAUCAACAUGGACGGGACCGCGCUCUACGAGGCCGUGGCCGCCAUCUUCAUCGCGCAGGUCAACAACUACGAGCUGGACUUCGGACAGAUCAUCACCAUCAGGUCGUUGGGACCCCACAGAACCUUUCAACCUCACUUCCUCAUCACGGCCACGGCCGCCAGCAUCGGCGCAGCGGGCAUCCCCCAAGCGGGCCUGGUUACCAUGGUGAUCGUGCUGACCUCCGUGGGCCUGCCGACCGACGACAUCAGCCUGAUCAUCGCCGUGGAUUGGGCGCUAGACCGCUUCCGCACCAUGGUCAACGUCAUGGGCGACGCCCUGGCCACCGGAAUCAUGGCGCACAUUUGCAGGAAGGACUUCAUCAAGGAGGGAGACGGGAGUCUCAUGUCCUGUUUUUUGACUUCCCGCUUCUCCACUUCCUGUUUCCCGACUGGGCGGCGGCGCGCAGGUGCCGCUCAUCUGCGAGAGCCGCCCCGGCGCCGUCGCGGCGCCUCCGCUCGCGAACUGUCACAACACCAACGGCAACUAUCGCCUGCCGUUCACGCACGCGGCGGUCCCGCCCGACGUGGCGCGCCUCAUGCGGUUGGAGGAGGGCGUGCGGCCGCCGCCCGACACGAGGAAGCCCCGUGUCCCCCCGCGACACCCAAAGAAGAACAAAGACCACUGCGCGGUGGACAUGAACGGUCUGGAGACCAACGUGUGACGAGCGCAACUCGAAGGGUGGGGACAUCCGCCGCUCCUCCGUCUUUGUUCCCGUUUCCAUCGAGGGAAGUCCAGAAGAACACGUGUUGUUCUCCAGGUGGACCGGAACCAGAAGCAGAACCCGACUACUGCUGCUGCUGCUGUGAGGACGGAGCUUGCGGAUCCAUGAGGGACAAAGUCACGUGUUUGAUUCUGCCUUAAGACUCCCGGAGCUGCGACACGCUCACCAGUCCAGCGCACUGUUGAUCUGCCGUCCAUCCAUCCGUCCAUCCACCAAUCUGUCCGUCCGGGAAUGCCACCGUGGUGGUUCAGGAAAGUCCGGACAUCAGACUUUAGUCUCUUCAGGCCGGAGCUGGCUAACAGUUAGCAAUUGAGCACCAACUAAAAUGUUCAUUGGUGAACAAGAGGGAAAAAAAAAAAAGUUAACACGGGUGGCGACCGGUUAGCACUUCUGUCUCACAGUUCUAAGGUUGCGGGUUCAAAUUCGGCCCCGCCUGUGUGGAGUUUGUAUGCUCUCCUCGUGCCUGCGUGGCUUUUCUCCGGGUACUCCGCUUUCCUCCCACAUCACAAAAACACGCACCGUAGGUUAACUGAAGACUCUAAAUUGCCCGUAGGUGUCAAUGUGAGUGCGAUUGGAUGUUUGUUUCUAUGUGCCCUGCGAUUGGCUGGCGACCGGUUGAGGGUGAACCCCGCCUCCUGCCCAAAGUUAGCUGGGAUAGGCUCCAGCAUACCCGCGACCCGAGCCGGGAUAAGCAGUGAGAAAAUGAACGGAUGGAAUUUAACAUAGCUGAAUGGCAAUUUUUGAUGAUGUCAUCAGGGCAUUGAAUCGAUCGCAAGUGGACCGAACAGUGCAGCGAUCGAGUCCGUGCCCCGAGAGUGGAACCAACUGGAUGGACGAGAUCGUUCACGGGCAUCGCCGUAAGAUCAUAGCACUUCCUAGGCACUAGAGGGGAUUGCUAUGAUAUGCUGUGAUCUCCUCCAUCCAUCUCUCUGCAUUGUUGGAAAAUACUGACGCUAAUAAAAAAAAAAAAUGGACUUUUAUGUGCAUGUCUUUAUUUUUCACAUCUUGUUAAGGUCUCAAUAUUAAAGGAGUAUGUUUU